AUGGGUUGUUGUCAGUCAAGAAUAGAUAGAAAAGAGAUAGUGUCUCGUUGCAAAGCGAGGAAGAGAUACUUGAAGCAGCUUGUUAAAGCUAGACAAACUCUCUCUGUCUCUCACGCGCUUUAUCUCCGUUCCCUACGCGCCACCGGCUCUUCCCUUGUUCACUUCUCCUCCAAAGAAACCCCUCUUCACCUCCACCCUCCUUCUCCAUCUCCUCCUCCUCCUCCUCCGCCGCGUCCUCCUCCUCCUCCUCUAAGCCCUGGCUCAGAAACCACAUGGACCUCCACCACCACUUCCUCCGCUCUCCCUCCUCCGCCUCCACCACCUCCACCUCCUCCUCCGCCUUCCUCUACAUGGGACUUCUGGGAUCCGUUUGUUCCGCCGCCUCCUUCUUCCUCCGAGGAGGAGUGGGAGGAAGAGACAACCACCGGAACAGCCACCGCAACCGCAACCGGAACAGCUUCUGACACUGCUGUCACGACGGCUCCGACGACAGCUACUCCUCAAGGUUCUUCUGUUGUGAGUGGUUUCUCUAAAGAUACAAUGACGACGACGACGACGACGGGAAGCGAGUUAGCAGUUGUGGUGUCGAGGAACAGUAAAGAUCUGAUGGAGAUUAUCAAAGAAGUCGAUGAGUAUUUCCUUAAAGCUGCUGAUUCCGGUGCACCACUCUCUUCUCUCCUUGAAAUCUCAACUUCUAUCAACGCCACAGCCUUUUCUGCUCAUACCAAAGGAGGGAAAAUGUAUAACAACUACGAAUGUAAUCUGAAUCCGACGUCGCUUUGGACAAAAGGAUUUGCUCCAAAGUUGAAUGAUUACAGAAACGCAGGAGUGGUAGUAGGAGGCGAUUGCAUUGUUGGUAGCCAUUCCUCUACAGUCGAUAGACUCUAUGCUUGGGAGAAGAAGCUCUUUCAAGAGGUUAAGAAUGCAGAGAGCAUAAAGAUAGAGCAUGAGAAGAAAGUGGAGCAAGUGAGGAGGCUUGAGAUGAAGAGAGCUGAGUACGUCAAGACUGAAAAGGCCAAGAAAGACGUUGAGAAGUUAGAAUCUCAGCUCUCAGUGUCUUCACAGGCCAUUCAAAGCGCUUCUAACGAGAUCAUCAAGCUCAGAGAGACCGAGCUAUAUCCUCAGCUCGUGGAGCUCGUUAAAGGGCUGAUGUGUAUGUGGAGGAGCAUGUACGAGAGCCAUCAAGUUCAAACUCAUAUUGUUCAGCAGCUAAAGUACCUCAACACCAUCCCCUCCACUGAACCAACUUCAGAGCUUCACCGUCAAUCAACUCUUCAGCUUGAGCUCGAGGUCCAACAAUGGCAUCACUCUUUCUGCAACUUGGUCAAGGCUCAGCGUGACUACAUCCAGUCUCUCACGGGUUGGCUCAGGUUAAGUCUGUUCCAGUUCAGCAAGAAUCCACUAGUUAGGAGUAGCUAUGAGUCAAAGAUAUACAGCUUCUGCGAGGAAUGGCACUUGGCUAUUGACCGGAUCCCUGAUAAAGUAGCAUCUGAAGGGAUCAAGAGCUUUCUGACUGCAGUCCAUGGGAUCGUGGCUCAACAAGCCGAGGAGCAUAAGCAGAAGAAGAGAUCAGAAUCCAUGUUAAAAGAUUUUGAGAAGAAAUCGGCUUCGUUGAGAGCGCUUGAGAGCAAGUAUAGUCCUUACUCGGUGCCUGAGAGCAGGAAGAAGAACCCGGUGAUAGAGAAGAGAGCAAAGGUUGAGAUGCUUAAAGGAAAAGCAGAAGAAGAGAAGAGUAAGCAUGAGAAGGCAGUGAGCGUGACUAGAGCCAUGACUCUGAACAACUUGCAGAUGGGAUUCCCUCAUGUGUUUCAGGCAAUGGUUGGGUUUUCAAGUGUGUGUAUGCAAGCCUUUGAGUCUGUGUACAACCAAGCUAAGUGCAUUGGCGAGGAGCAAGAGGAGGUCAAGAGGUUGCUUCCUUAA